GUAUGGGGCAGGUCGCCAGCAACAUUUGCGGUGGCGACGGCCGCCCCGUCAUCAAGAAUGACGUGACGUUAUCUGUAAAGACAGUUCCUACCGAGCCCAUUGCUGGGCAGGCACCUGGAACCAGUGGCUUGCGGAAGAAGACGAAGGUCUUCAUGGAGGGCAACUACCUCGCCAACUAUGUGCAAAGUGUUUUCAACACCCUCAUUGAGGAGAAUGUGCCAGUGCAAGGAGGGACCUUGGUGGUCUCCGGAGAUGGGCGCUACUGGAACCCCGAAGCUAUUCAGAUCAUCAUCAAGAUCGCCUUUGCGAACGGCGUCGGCCGCAUUUGGUGCGGUACCGACGGUAUGCUCUCCACGCCUGCGACUUCCGCAGUGAUCCGAGGGCGCGGCUACGGCUUUGAGCCGUUUGGUGGGUUUAUCUGCUCGGCCAGCCACAACCCAGGUGGCCUGAACAAUGAUUUUGGCAUCAAGUACAACUGCGAGAACGGUGGACCAGCCCCAGAGAAGCUCACAAACAAGAUGUUGGAGUGGACUGGGAAGAUCAAAGAGUACAAGAGCGUGGACGGCCUUCCCACGCUCGACUUGACGAAGCCCGCAAUCUACAAGCUUGCGGACAAGGUGGUGGAGGUCUUUGACUGCGUCGAGGACCACCUGAAGCUCCUGAAGCAGUGCUUCGACUUCGCAUCCAUCAAGCGGCUCAUGACCCGGCCGGACUUCACCAUUGUCUACGACUCCAUGUCUGGAGUUCAGGGCCCCUAUGCCAAGCGCAUCAUCGAGGAGGAGCUGGGAGCUCCCCCAGGCAGCUGCACGAAUGCAGUGCCGAAGCCCGACUUCGGUGGUCCGGAAUCUGCUUGGCACGGCCACGCCGAUCCGAACUUGACCUACGCUGUUGAGCUUGUGGCCACGAUGGGCCUCAACAAGGAGGGCCAAAAGAUCUCCAGCUCCAAGCCCAUCCCAUCCUUCGGCGCCGCAGCGGACGGCGACGCCGACCGAAACAUGAUCCUCAGCAGCCAGUUCUUCAUCUCUCCCUCCGAUUCCUUGGCCAUGAUCGUCGACAACGCUGAUCUCAUCCCUCAGUUCCGCGCUGGGCUGAAGGGCUGCGCGCGGUCGAUGCCUACUAGUGGUGCCCUGGACUUGGUGGCCAAGGCCAAAGGCAUCGAGUGCUUCGAAGUGCCGACAGGAUGGAAGUUCUUUGGGAAUCUGAUGGACAGUGGCACCCAGUAUUUCCCCGACAAGCAGACUUACACACCCUUUAUCUGUGGUGAAGAGUCCUUUGGCACCGGCGCUGACCACGUGCGAGAGAAGGAUGGAAUGUGGGCCGUCCUUGCCUGGCUUCAGAUCCUGGCGAAGAAGACCGAGCAGGCCGGCAAGCUCGUGUCCGUGGAGGACGUAGCCAACGAGCAUUGGAAGACCUACGGUCGAAACUACUACGCUCGCUAUGACUACGAAGGCGUUGACAAGGCCAAAGCCGAGCAGAUGAUGAAAAUGAUGUCCGACAAGUCAGGGAAGCUCGUCGGGCAGACCUUUGGCAACAUGAAGAUCAAGAUCAACGACGUCUUCGAAUACAAUGACCCGGUGGACGGCAGCGUGUCCAAGAACCAAGGCGUCCGAAUCAUCUUCGAGGACGGCUCCCGGAUCAUCUUCCGACUUUCGGGCACCGGGGUGGCGGGUGCCACCGUUCGCCUCUACCUAGAGAAGUACACCCCUCCAACAGGCAACCUCGGAAUGCAUCAGUUCGACGUGGUGAAGCCACUCGCGGACGUGGCCUUGCAGCUUUCGAGCCUGAAAUCCUACACUGGGCGGGACAAACCCAGCGUGAUCACCUAG